UAAUAUGUGGCUUGGACAUUUAAUUGCGUAAAAUAUUGAAGAUCUUCUACCAUUGCUGUUUCUCUACUUUGUCCUCUCUCUUUUUCGCGUUUGUUAUCGAUUUUAUGCGAAUCUGAAUCCGCCAUUGCAGAUUACAUGCGAUUUGUCGACCCGGUUCAUCGACCAGGAAGUUAGAGGGAUUGUUAUCUUGGAACCUGUAAUUGACGACGGACAAUGGCGGAUCGUCGAGUGGAAGGCUUCUUCAAAGGGGAGGUGCUCACUUACGCUUAUCUUCUUCUCUAUAUUUCUCUCUCCAGUGGUCAGAUCUUCUUCAACAAGUGGGUGUUGUCCUCGAAGGAAAUCAAUUUUCCUUAUCCUCUUGCUUUGACAUUACUUCACAUGAUCUUCUCUUCCAUCUUAUGCUUUCUUCUCAUCAAAGUGUUUAAGGUUCUGAAGAUUGAGCAAGGUAUGAGUGCAGAAAUGUAUGCUACAUCAGUAAUCCCAAUUGGUGCAACCUUUGCAAUGACUCUUUGGCUCGGAAACACCGCCUAUCUGUAUAUCUCUGUUGCCUUCGCACAAAUGCUGAAAGCAAUCAUGCCUGUUGCCGUAUUUAUUCUUGGAGUAGCAGCAGGUCUUGAGUUAAUGAGCUGUAGAAUGUUACUGAUCAUGUCAGUGAUAAGUUUUGGUGUUCUAGUGGCUUCAUAUGGAGAAAUAAACAUCAGUUGGAUUGGUGUUGUUUACCAAAUGGGAGGCGUUGUAGGAGAAGCUCUAAGACUAAUUUUCAUGGAGAUUCUGGUUAAAAGAAAGGGCCUAAAGUUAAAUCCGAUAUCUAUCAUGUACUAUGUUAGUCCCUGCAGUGCCCUUUGCCUGCUCAUCCCAUGGAUCUUUCUGGAGAAACCAAAGAUGGAAGCUCGUGGAUCAUGGAAUUUUCCUCCUGUUAUUCUAGUGCUCAACUCUCUAUGUACUUUUGCACUAAACCUCUCAGUUUUCCUUGUUAUUACGCAUACAAGUGCCUUGACCAUUCGUGUUGCUGGAGUCGUGAAGGACUGGAUCGUGGUCUUACUGUCGGCUCUUUUAUUUGCGGAUGUAAAGUUGACCAUCAUUAAUCUUUUUGGAUAUGGCGUUGCAAUUGCCGGGGUCGUGGCAUACAACAAUCACAAGUUGAAAAAGGAAGCUUCACGAGGAAGCCCUAGUGAGUCUGAACAGCCUGAAUCCGUGGCAAUGGUCACAUCCUCGUCCAGCAACAAAUAGUUAUUGUGAUUGGGCAGUCUGGUGAGGGACAGAUUCAGACGUAUAGAGAUGUAUUAUCCACAGUCAACUGUCAAAAGUAAAGAUGAACUAACGUGUAUCCUUUGGGAUUUUUAUAUCUUUUUGUGUUCAAUUUUGAAACCCGGCCGAUGAACUGAAGACCAGUGACAUAAACUUCUCACUGGGAGGACAAAGAUGAAAGCAUAUGGCAAUUGUAAGGUAGAUUCAAAACAUACAUCUUUUAUGUGUAGAUUUAUUCCCAGAUUAUAGAAAUGAUUCAUAUUGUUUUAGAUAUAUCAUUGGAAUUUGAUUCUCUUGGUUGUUCAUAUGGCUGUAGCUGCCCAAACUAUUAUACUGUUGUGAAUCUCAAUGGUUUUACUAUCUUUGAGAAUUAUGAUAGAAAUUUCCCACAGUUUCAGUACUGUCUAUACAAUAUGUAAGAUUUGUUGGCCUGA